GCCUCAGCCAUGUCGAUGCUACCGUCUUUCGGCUUCACGCAGGAGCAAGUGGCGUGCGUGUGCGAGGUUCUGCAGCAAGGAGGGAACCUGGAGCGCCUGGGCAGGUUCCUGUGGUCGCUGCCCGCCUGCGAUCACCUGCACAAGAACGAGAGCGUGCUCAAGGCCAAGGCGGUGGUCGCCUUUCACCGCGGCAACUUUCGCGAGCUCUACAAGAUCCUGGAGAGCCACCAGUUCUCGCCUCACAACCAUCCCAAGCUACAGCAGCUGUGGCUGAAGGCGCACUACGUGGAGGCCGAGAAACUGCGCGGCCGGCCCCUGGGCGCCGUGGGCAAGUACCGUGUGCGCCGAAAAUUCCCGCUGCCCCGCACCAUCUGGGACGGCGAGGAGACCAGCUACUGCUUCAAGGAGAAGUCGCGGGGCGUGCUGCGGGAGUGGUACGCGCACAACCCCUACCCCUCGCCUCGUGAAAAGCGGGAGCUGGCCGAGGCCACCGGCCUCACCACCACCCAGGUCAGCAACUGGUUUAAGAACCGGAGGCAGAGAGACCGGGCCGCCGAGGCCAAGGAAAGGGAGAACACAGAAAACAGUAACUCCUCCUCCAACAAGCAGAAUCAACUCUCUCCUCUGGAAGGGGGCAAGCCGCUCAUGUCCAGCUCCGAAGAGGAAUUCUCACCUCCCCAAAGCCCAGACCAGAACUCGGUCCUUCUCCUGCAGGGCAACGUGGGCCACGCCAGGAGCUCAAACUAUUCUCUCCCGGGCCUGGCGGCCUCGCAGCCCAGCCACGGCCUGCAGGCUCACCAGCAUCAACUCCAGGACUCUCUGCUUGGUCCCCUCACCUCCAGCCUGGUGGACUUGGGGUCCUAAGUGGGGAGGGGCUGGGCAUUGAAGGGGAUGGCUGGCCCCCCGCAACCAACCACAACGCCUAGGGACACUUGUAAAUAGAAAUCAGGAACAUGUUUGUAGCUUGUUGCUGGGGUCCUUUGCCCAUAAAGGAAUGGUGGACUUUCACAAAUGCCUUUCUAAAAAUCAAAGCCUGCAAUGAUUUCGGAUUUCGUCUCCCUCUUCUCGCCCACUCUUUUUCCCAUUUGUG